AUGGGUAAUGACGGUGGAAGUAUCCCAACUCGGCGAGAGCUGGUCCGCGAAGCCGCAAAAGCGCCGUCGGUAACUCAGGUGAAAGAGGCCCAGCGUGAGCAACUCGAACACUAUUGGACCACAUGUCCCCUGUCGCAUAAGCCUCUCCUUCGUCCUAUUGUAUCCGACGCAGUGGGGAAUCUCUACAAUAAAGAUGCGAUAUUGAAGUAUUUAAUUGGCGCCGAGGACGACGAUAUUAGUUCCAAGGCGGACUGUGAUGAGAUUCUGCAGGGACGUGUAAAGGGUCUGAAGGAUGUGGUUGAAUUGAAGUUCGAAAUUAGUGCCGAGGACGAGUCAUCAACAAAGGAGGGCGAACGUACAGGCGAAAAAUGGAUUUGCCCUGUUACCACCAAACAACUCGGCCCUAGUGUGAAGUCGGUUUACUUAGUCCCUUGCGGACAUGUAUUUGCGGAUGAAGCCAUUCGAGAGAUGAAGGGGGACCGUUGUCUUCAGUGUAACGAACCUUACACCGAGGACAACGUCAUUAUAAUCCUUCCCACAAAGGAAACGGACAAGCAGCAACUUAUGUCGCGGGGCCAAAGAUUGGCUGAACAGGGACUCACACAUUCUCUCAAGAAACUGUCGGGGUCGAAGAAGCGCAAGAAGCAUGGCAACGGCGAAUCUUCAGCCGCGGUAACUGAGGAACCCGCGUCAAAGGCCAAAAUAGAAACUUCUAAUAAACCCACGAGCACAUCGUCUUCGGGCAUCAAAAAUGCGUCGACAGCCAUGCUGACAGCCAAGGUUCUUGAAGAAGAAGACGAAAGAAAAAAGAGACAAAAGAUGGGACGGAGUGAGAACUUGCAGAGUUUAUUUCACAGUGACAAAUCGAAACAGAAGAUGAAAGAUGGCGAUUUUAUGACGAGGGGUUUCUCAAUUCCUGCAAAUGCGCGGAGAUGA